AUGACCAUCGUUGACCCGGAGAAGCUCACAGCUCUCGACAGCGCGACCUCGUUUGCUGCGUUCGAAGAGGACUGGCGGCAACGGACCAAACAACGGAGGAGGAAACGCUUCGUGCGUCUGGGCGUCUUCUUGAUCGCCAUCGCCGGGUUCCUGUCGUACUACAGGCAAUCAGCACUUCAGACGGAUCAGUGGGCUGAAGUCGAUUAUGAUGUCCGUCGCAAGCCGUUGAGCAACGAAGAGAGCGAGCAGCUGUACCUGUCCGUCCCCAAUGCAGACAGCGCGCUGGAAGCAUCCAGAGAAUACGCUACGCACCCGCACCUAGCAGGCUCUACGGAAGACUUCGCGGACGCAAAGGUCAUCCUCGAGCUCUUCCAGGACGCCUUCCAUGCCCCAGCGCCGAAGAAGGACCCCAUAUUUGACGCGGGGUCGUAUCUUUCGCGGGCUUCAACGCUGUUGUUGACAUCGCCCCUUGGCCCGAAGCGCCCUACUGCUUGGAUUGAUACGUAUUACCCUGUUAUGAAUACUCCUCUGGACAGGACUCUGUCAAUCAUUGGAGAGAAUGGGGACGUAACAUGGAAUGCCGACUUGGUUGAAGACGGAGACCCUGGUGAUCCCGAGGCACACAAGUACAAGGACUAUGUCCCGACCUGGCAUGGGCUUUCAAAGGACGGGGAAGCUGAGGGCCAGCUUAUAUAUGCCAACUAUGGGACGAAGGAAGAUUACGACGAGUUGGUCGCCGCGGGCACCAACUUUACUGGCAAAAUUGUCAUAGCCCGUUAUGGCGCUAUUUUCCGGGGCUUGAAGAUCCUUGGAGCGCAGGAACUCGGCGCAGCUGGCGUGCUCAUCUACAGUGAUCCCCGCGACGACGGUGAUGUCAGCGUCGAGAAGGGCUACGCCCCAUGGCCUGCUGGUCCUGCUCGUAACCCCACGUCUGUUCAACGUGGUUCAGUACAGUAUCUUUCCCUUUACCCGGGAGAUCCCACCACUCCUGGAUACCCAGCAUACAAAGACGCCAAGCGAACAGAAGGAGAGAAUAUACCCAAGAUUCCAAGUCUUCCCAUUUCAUGGAAGAAUGCGGAGAGGCUACUCGAAGAAAUCGAUGGGCUCUAUGUCAAUGGCGCAUUCUCAGAGAACGCUCAUCUGAACGGAAAGUCUAGCAACACGAGCGUGAAAUUGGUUAACCAUGUCGACACGAAGGUCACACCAAUUUGGAAUACUAUGGCUGCAAUUCCCGGACACGUACGCGACCAAGUCAUUUUAGUAGGCUGUCAUCGCGACGCUUGGGUGAUGGGCGCUGCGGAUCCUACCAGCGGCACUGUCUCCCUGCACGAAGUAAUUCGUGGGUUUGGCGAACUACUGGACCACGGGUGGAAACCUCUUCGUACGAUUCUAUUCGCUAGCUGGGAUGCAGAAGAGUACGGCCUUAUUGGAAGUACAGAAUUCGGCGAAGAUUUCUCUCAAUGGAUCUCUAAACACGUCGUAUCAUACAUCAAUGUUGACGUCUCAGUCGCUGGUUCUCGAUGGGGUGCAUCAGCUUCUCCCUCUCUCGCACACUUAAUCAAACAGGCUGCCCUGGACGUACCUCAUCCCACUAAACCUGGGAAGACUUUGUGGGAUGCCCAAUCAGACGUAGGUCCAUUUACAGGAAACUUCACUUCGUCGAAUGCCGAGGACGAGGUUGGGAAGAAGCCACGCAGAAAGACUUCAUCGCUGGUGGGUCCGUUGGGAAGUGGAAGUGAUUACACUGUCUUUCUGCAACGACUUGGGGUUUCCAGUGUUGACCAAGGCUUUGGCCCCACCUCAUCUGAUGCUGUGUACCAUUAUCACUCUAUCUAUGACUCUCAGCACUGGCAAGAGACAUACGGAGACCCAGACUUUGCCCGACACACCGCAGUAGCGCAACACUUGGGCCUCAUGGCCCUGCGCUUCGCCAACUCGAUCAUCCUGCCUCUGAACACCACACAGUACACUUUGGAGCUGUACGACUAUGUUGACAGAGUUGAGGACGUUGCGCUUUCCGUAGGAGUGAAGACACCCGAUUUGGCCGUGCUUAGAGAUGCUAUCAACGACCUUGAAUGGGCUAGCUUGGAACUGGACGAAGAGAAAGUCGAAGCCGAAAGGGAAUUGCGCGAGAUCCUCGAGAACCUACCCGAACAAAUGCAAACUCACAGCCGCUGCAAACGCCGAAAUAGCAUCCUCAACCGAAUCGCGACCUGGAUCAAGUUUAUUUAUGGGGUGCAGCUCCCUGAACGCCAUCAAGAAGGCCCCUCAAUUUCCCGUCCAGAAGAAUUCUACCACCUCUUAGCCAGCGACGAGGAACUCCAGGCGUUAGAAUUCGCGCUUGAGACCGAUCAGCCCCACGAGAUGCUUCCCCGAUUCCCUCCUAACUUCCCUAUCUGGAAGUUCCUUAAGGCCGCUCGUCGUGUAGGCAAAGUGAACCAAAAGCUCAUUGCGUACGAACGUGGGUUCAUAUCUAAAGGGGGUAUCAAGGACAGAGAGUGGUACAAGCAUCUUGUUGUCGCUCCAGGGAAAUGGCUUGGAUACGGCGCUACCACGUUGCCUGCACUGACGGAGGCAUUGACCCUCGACCAGAACGUGACAUUGGCGGCAGAAGAGGCCACCCGAUUGGUUGACUUGAUUGACCAACUCACCGAUACAAUCAAACUCAUUCCGUGA